AUGGAUCGCCGCCAUCUGCUUGCACAAAAAGAGCUGGAAGCGCUUAUUGAAGAUAUUGAAGAAAUCUCAGAUUCGCAACCAUGUUCUGCUGACUCCGUGACAAUUAUGAACCAGAUUCCGAUGAAGAAGCAGGCAAUGAUACGUCCGAUAUGUCUAACUCAGACAUCCAUUUUGCGCCUUCACCACAGCGCUAAUUCGAUGCAUCGGGAAGGCGAAGGCCAGUGCCCUUGGCUCCAGUCCGAGACCGCGUCAACUGUUGCUCUGAGCGUCGGGAUGCCGGGCGUCACGACGGCGGGUAUGGUGACGUCGACGUUCAUCGAGCAGACGAGCGCCGGCCGGUUGUCGCCGGAAACACAGCCAGGCAAAUCAGCUAUAGUACAGGACGAGUAG